AUGCCGCCAAGAUUCUUCAGGAGAAGAGGAAGGGGCAAGGGGCCAAUCACCGCCCCCAAUAAUAAUGAAGCUGGACCCUCGAAUGCGAGAGCUCCAUCCACCACGGAGAGUGACGAUCCCCAGCAGAACCGGAGGAACCUCUUUGAGCCAGCUCGACGGUCGGUCUCACACAGUUCAACACCUCCUAACCCUUAUGGGCCACGAUCGGAUUACGAGGCCAGCAACCCUCAACCUUCAUACAUACCAUUACAGCGAUCCUUAUCGCACAACUCCUUCGGUGACCCUACACCAGUUUUUAGGGGCCGGUUUAACCCGGCAAACUUCCUACAAGAACCAGGAAAUUUUAACCCAUUAGGUCCAGAAGAUCAUUUCUCUGGAGAUCAUGCGGACGACAUGGACGAGGAUACGGACCCUGUCGAGCCUGCCAGUGGCACACCAAACCACCCGAUAGAGAUCUCUGACGGAUCUUCCUUUCACGGAUCGCCCUAUGUUGGUCCUGAUAGCUUUCAGGCCAUGUUUACCAGGCACGAAUGGUACUAUACGCCUCCUCGCCAUUCGCCGCCUCAGCAGCAGCAACAGCAGCAACAAGAUUCCCCUGAGGAUCCAAGGUUCGUGGCAGUCACGCCACCACCUCCUCCGCCACCAGUUCAACCGGCACCCCCGCAACCACCAAGGCGUAGGAGAACCGGAGCGCGCAUGUCUGUGCGAACAGGAGACUUUCAUUUUAGUUCUCCACGCCAAUCAAGUGCCAGCCACUACCCGCCACAUUAA